AUGUACAACAUGAUGGAGACGGAGCUCAAGCCGCCGGCGCCUCAGACCAACACCGGCAGCAACAACAGCUCCUCCAACAACCAGAAGAACAGCCCCGAGCGCGUCAAGCGGCCCAUGAACGCUUUCAUGGUGUGGUCCCGGGGCCAGCGGCGGAAGAUGGCGCAGGAGAACCCCAAGAUGCACAACUCUGAGAUCAGCAAGAGGCUCGGGGCUGAGUGGAAGCUGCUCUCCGAGAGCGAGAAGAGGCCCUUCAUCGACGAGGCCAAGCGGCUGAGAGCGCUGCACAUGAAGGAGCACCCGGACUACAAGUACAGGCCCCGGAGGAAGACCAAGACCCUGAUGAAGAAGGACAAGUACACGCUGCCCGGGGGCCUGCUGGGGCCCGCGGGGAACGCCAUGGGAGUGGGCGGCGUGGUGGGCAGCAGUGUGGGAGUCAACGUGAACCACCAGCGCAUGGACAGCUACAUGAACGGCUGGAGCAACAGCGGCUACGGGAUGAUGCAGGAGCCCAUCACGUACCACCACAACGCGGCGGCGGCGGGACAGAUGCAGCCCAUGCACCGCUACGACAUGCUCCAGUACAACUCCAUGACGAGCACGCACCAGAGCUACAUGAACGGCUCCCCCACGUACUCGUCCAUGUCCACGUACGCGCAGCAGCCCACGAUGACGGCGCUGGGGACUAUGAGCAGCGGCGUCAAGUCCGAGUCCAACAGCUCCAGUCCGCCCGUGCAGGUGCCCACGAGCACGACGCACCGGGGGCUCGCGCAGGGGGGCGUGUGCCAGAACGGGCCAGACCUCCGGGACAUGAUCAGUAUGUAUCUCCCCGGGGCCGACGUCAGCGAGAGCGGGAGCGCGCAGAGCCGCUUGCACAGCAUGUCGGGCCACUAUCAGAGCACCGUGCCCGGGACGACGCUCAACGGAACUCUGCCCCUCACGCACAUGUGA